UCUUUUUUCUCACAACUCAAACCCUCUUCAAAUUCUCUCUCUCUUUGGCUCCUUCAUUGACUCUCCGAACCCUCUUCAUUCUCACCUUCUUCUCCCUCCAAUUUAGCACUCAAAGUAGAGCUGCAUGGCAUCAACAUUCUCUUCCACAAUUCCCAUAGUCGACCUCUCCAAACCUGAUGCAAAGACCCUCAUAGUCAAUGCUUGUGAGGAGUUUGGAUUCUUCAAAGUCAUCAACCAUGGAGUCCCCAUGGAAGCUAUAUCCCAAUUGGAAACUGAGGCCCUCAAGUUCUUCUCUUUGCCACUCAAUGAGAAGGAAAAAGCAGGGCCUCCCAAUCCUUUUGGGUAUGGUAGCAAGAGGAUUGGACCCAAUGGUGAUGUUGGUUGGGUUGAGUAUCUUCUUCUAAACAACAAUCAAGAACACGAUUUUUCUCUCUAUGGUAAAAAUCACGAGAAAUUCAGGUGUCUAUUGAACAGCUACAUGUCUUCUGUGAAGAAAAUGGCUUGUGAUAUUCUUGAGCUGAUGGCAGAAGGGCUGAAGAUUCAGCAGAAGAAUGUGUUCAGCAAGCUUUUGAGGGAUAAAGAAAGUGACUCUGUUUUCAGGGUGAAUCACUAUCCCACUUGCCCUGAACUUGCUGUGAAUGGUCAGAACAUGAUUGGAUUUGGAGAACACACAGACCCACAAAUCAUAUCUCUGCUAAGGUCUAACAACACUUCAGGUCUUCAAAUUUAUCUCAGAGAUGGAAGCUGGAUUUCAGUCCCUCCUGAUCACAACUCCUUCUUCAUCAAUGUUGGAGAUUCUCUUCAGGUUAUGACUAAUGGACGGUUUGGGAGUGUGAGACACAGGGUUUUGGCAAAUGGGUUGAAGUCGAGGCUCUCAAUGAUUUACUUUGGAGGUCCACCUUUGAGUGAGAAAAUAACACCAUUGCCCUCUCUCAUGAAAGGAAAAGAAAGUCUAUACAAAGAGUUUACGUGGUUCGAGUACAAGAAUUCAACCUAUGGUUCAAGAUUGGCUGACAAUAGGCUUGGACAUUUUGAGAGAAUUGCAGCUUCAUAAUAUGCCAGAGGAGUAUCAGGGUACUUGUCCUUUGUACAAUCAAAUAUUGUCAAUAUUCUAAUACAACAAUAAUCAUUUAAUAUUUA